AUGGGUGAUCGUGCAGAAGAAAACUUCAAGAAAAGGAAUUCUGCCCAGGAAACAUCUGCAGAAGGAAAUGUCUCUUUUACUAAGGACUGCUUGAUAACACAAAAAAAAAUGCAACAACUCGAGAAACAAUUAAAAUGCUUAGCUUUUCAAAAUCCAGGACCUCAGGUAGCUGAUUUCAAUCCUGAAACCAGAGAGCAGAAAAAGAAAGCACGCAUGUCGCAGAUGAAACAAGAUUUUUUUCAUAAGCCCAAAACUACGAAGAAAUACGACAAACAUGGCAGGCUGCUUUGUAAUAACAUUGAUUUGUGUGAUUGCCUGGAAAAGAACUGUCUGGGUUGUUUCUAUCCUUGCCCCAAAUGCAAUUCAAACAAAUGUGGACCAGAAUGCCGUUGCAAUAGGAAAUGGGUUUAUGAUACAAUUGAGACUGAAGAUGGGAAUGUGAUCAGCGUGUUUCCAUUUUUUGUCCCUGACUGA